AUGGGACGCUCCCAGCGUGGAGGGCUGCCUUUGCGGCAGAAGCUUUCGGACUUGCCUGCAAAGGAUAAAGAAAAGCUGGCUGAGGCUGAGAUCAGGAGACUGCAGAAACAGUUUCGGAUAGCAGCGGAGAAGAGGAAAUCUUAUGGUGCCAACGUGAGGCAGCAAAAGCAGGCUCAGGAAAAAGAAAUCGAGUCGCUGUCGCAACAACACAAAGAGGCGUCAUUAACGCUGAGCCAGAUCACGUCCCUGAGAAAUGCGAUGCUGGAUGACAGAAACUGUAUGGAGCUCCAGUGCCUUUUGCAGACCAAAUAUCAGUAUGAUUCUCUGAUUAGAGACAGAAAAGCCCUGUUAGCUGACCUGGACAACCAGAUACUGGAGCUGGAAAAAAAGGUGGUGAAGCAAAACCAGAGAGUGGUGAAGGUGAAGCAAGCCAACAGUCACAAGCGGCUGCAAAAGCGGAUCGAGACGCUGGAGCUGCGUCUAAACAAUGUCACUGUCCGUUUCGAUACCAUCCUGACCAGAAAUAACGAGCUCCGAGAAGAGAUUGAAAACCUGCGAAUCCAGAAAGCUAUUUUGGACAACUUCUACUUGAAGCUCCAUAAGAAACUGGAUCAGCAGAAGAGAAGGAUGAACACCGCCAUUGAGCAAUCCUCACAAGCCUACGAGCAGCGGAUGGAGGCCCUGGCAAGGAUUUCAGCCAUGAACGAAAGGCACAGCAAAGACACGGUCCAGUACAAUGUCGAGCUGCAGGAGCGGGAGCGUGUCUUGGACCAGGAGACCAAACUGAAAACCUUCAUGCUCACCAAAUUUACAGAUCGCUCUGAAUUGGAGGAACAGGCCAAAAAGAGAAAAGCCUUGAAGGCAGUCCAGAGGGCGAAGCGGAGCCAAGGGGAGAGCUUUGAAAGCCGGGAGGUGGCUUACAAGCGCCUGCUGGAGCUGGCGGAGGAUGGGGAUUUUGACCGGCUGGUGAACGGCUUCAUCGAAAAGGAGGAGAAGAACUUUGCCUGCUUCACCUACGCCACCGAGCUGAACAACGAGAUGGAGAAGAUACAGCAGAGGAUCAAGGACCUCCAGAAUGAAAUCACGACCCUCAUGAUGGACGAGGAGUACACAGAGAACAGCAGCUUUCACGUCCUGCAGGAGCUGGAGGAAAAACUAAUGGAAACCACUGCUGAAGCCAACUGGUAUGAAGACAGAUGCAAAGUGAGCAGCAAAAUCCUGGGCCAGCUCAGAUCUGGCAUGGAGGCCUUGUUCAGAGACACCAGCUGCGAUGCUACAAAGAUAAUGAAGCAGCUCGGAGAAAAUGGGAAGGUCACGGAUCUCAACCUGAUGCAGUUUUUCGGUCUCGUGGAGAAGAAGACCAAUGAGCUCCUGCUGAUGGAGUCCAUCCUGCGCUACGCGUCGGCUGACGACUCACAUCCGGCCCAGCCCUUCUCCAACCCACUGCUGGGUGGCACCCAGCUCCUCCGGGUGAUGGAUCGGGCCCAGCUCUGCCCACCCCGGGAGAAGGAGCGGGGCAACACCGCCAGCACGGGCAAGAAGGGGAGGAACGGCGUCAAGGUGUGA